UCUCCGCCUCCUUCCGCCUCCCUCCGCCUCAGCGGCCUCAGCGAUGGCGAACGGUGGCGGCGCCGGGGCGGCGGCUGCGGGGGCGGCCUCGGCGGCGAAUCUGAAUGCUGUGAGGGAGACCCUGGAUGUUCUGCUUGAGAUUUCAAGAAUUUUGAAUACUGGCUUAGAUAUGGAAACUCUGUCUAUUUGUGUACGGCUUUGUGAACAAGGAAUUAACCCAGAAGCUUUAUCAUCAGUUAUUAAGGAACUUCGCAAGGCCUCCGAAGCACUAAAGGCUGCUGAAAAUAUGACAAGUUGACUUUCUGGAGAAAUCCUGAUGAGAUAUGUCCAGCUCUGCAAGAGGAUUUAAAGAUUGCAUUGUAGUCAGGAAUGUAGAAUGAACUUACU